CCAUCAUCUCCCGUCACCGCUCAGCCACCACCCGGUGCCGGUCAACUGCCAGGCCCCGCCCCCUCCACACUUGCCCUAGAAUCGGAAGUCGAACGAAAACCAGAAGCCGGAAAUGACUCGUCGGCCAUAUUUAGUGAGGGGGAGGGAUGUCUUUUCUUCACUGAUAUGAUGAUAUCUAAUACUUAAUAAAUGGAAAAACCAUGACGCAGCGCAGCUAUAUUGCUCUGGUUUGUAUAUGGGCGACAUAUGGAAUAUACGGCCUGCCCGGGAAACUUAACAUCCCUCCGAGUGCGAAGAACAGCGAGAAGACGUUGUAUAUACAGACUCUGAACAGCAGUGACUCUUGUGGGAGGAGGAAGAGAGUAUCAUCUCUGAGUUUAUGGAGCGCAUCGCUGGACGAUGACCUAGCCCAAUUGCCAAUUGACUCAACCAGAGGAAAUCAUGUAAGAAAGGUGAAAGACUGCAUCUUCUCUCAUGUCUACCCAACCACAUUUGUGUCUGAUGUACGUCUCGUUGCAGUCUCAGAGGAUGUACUGGAGAAUCUUCUGGACCUAGACGUUUCUGUUGCAGACACACGCGAUUUCCUCCAGUUUGUUAGCGGCGGAAAAUCACUUCUAGGAUUCGCACCUCUGGCGCACAGAUACGGAGGCCACCAGUUUGGCGUCUGGGCAGGCCAGCUUGGAGAUGGUCGAGCACAUUUAGUUGGCACUUACAUCAACAGGUACGGAGAAAGAUGGGAACUUCAGUUAAAAGGAUCGGGAAAAACACCUUAUUCCAGGAGGGGAGAUGGCAGAGCUGUGCUGCGCUCCUCUGUGAGAGAGUUCCUGUGCAGCGAGGCCAUGCACCACCUGGGUAUUCCCACCAGCAGAGCUGCCAGCCUUGUUGUAAGCGAUGAUGCCGUCUGGAGAGAUCAGUUCUAUAAUGGAAGUGUUAAGAAAGAAAGAGGGGCGGUGGUAUUGCGAGUUGCCAAAUCUUGGUUUCGGAUUGGUUCACUUGAAAUUCUGACUAACUCUGGAGAAUUUAAUUUGUUAAGGGAAUUAGUUGACUUUAUCAUUAAAGAACAUUUUCCGGCUAUCAUCCCAACCGAUCCCAAUAGAAUUUUGGCUUUCUUCAACAUAGUGGUGUCUCAGACGGCAGAUAUGAUUGCACUGUGGAUGUCCAUAGGGUUUGCACAUGGUGUGUGCAACACAGAUAACUUCAGCCUCCUGUCAAUCACUAUCGAUUAUGGUCCUUUUGGUUUCAUGGAAAAUUAUGAUGCUGGUUAUGUUCCAAACACAUCUGACGAUGAAGGGAGGUAUAGGAUCGGAAACCAGGCCAAUGUUGGAAUGUAUAAUCUGAACAAGCUGCUUGUAGCCUUAAACCCCCUGAUGGACAACAGACAAAAACAGAUAGCUUCCCAAAUUCUUGCAGGAUUUCCAGAUCUAUAUUACCAGAGAUUCACAGAGCUCUUUAGCGCCAAACUGGGAUUUUUAGGUGCAAGGGAAGAAGACUUGAUGCUGAUUGUGUCUUUCCUAAAUAUGAUGGAAGACACAAAGGCUGAUUUUACAAUGUCAUUUCGUCAGCUGAGUGAGAUAACAGAUAAGGAGCUAAGGAGUCCUGCCAUUCCUGAGGAAUUCUGGGCGCUCCAUGAUAUUAGCCAACACAAGGAUUUCCCAGCUUGGGUAACUGCAUACCUACAGAGAAUAAAAAGUAAUCCAGAUGAGUCUGACUCUAAAAGAAGACAACGCAUGAAAACGACCAACCCUAGAUAUAUACUACGGAACUGGAUGGCGGAAUCUGCAGUUCGCAAGGCUGAGAAGAAUGACUUUUCAGAGGUUCACCUACUGCAGAAAGUAUUACAGCGACCUUUUCAAAUGCAGAAGAUGGCUGAGCUGGCUGGAUACUCCCAAAGACCUCCAGAAUGGGCCAAAGACUUGAAAGUGAGCUGCUCAUCCUGAUACGGCGUAAACUGAUGGAUGUGAGAAUUAUCAAUAAAUUCAUAUAAACCUCAUUGUGCCAGGUUUCUGCCAUCUUGCUG